GAAGCUGGAUGUUAUGCAAUUUGCGUCACAUCUGCUGAGAGGGCACACACAUCUGAAUCUGAGAUCGCAUCACACGACAGGUGAAACCCGUCGGCUGGGCAGUACGGAAUCGAACGAAGGCGAUACGACUUUGUUUUGGCGCGUUAUUUGUUUAGUUUGUAACGGUUUAUUAAUCAUUUGUUGUAUUUAGUUAGAAGGUGCGAAAUUUUGGAAUAAGCUACCACAAGCAGGUCCCAAUGCGGUCUAGGCCAGAUAACGAACCAUAACCACACCAAGAUAACGGCCGAUCCCAAAACACUUCGCUGCUGUUCAACACACGCAGUCGGCUCGGAACCCUUCGUUGAUCCCAUGGAGAUACUCAACGUGCUCAAGUGCCGGCUGGAGAUUGUCGACGACACCGUCUCGUCCCAGCAGCUGGUGGAUCAGCUGAUUUGCGACGCCCCGGAGGAACCGCUGCUGCAUCUGACCGAGCUGGACUGCGUGGUCAAGCGGCACUACGACUGGCUGCGGAACCUGCCCCGGGUGAGACCGUACUAUACGGUGGGAAGUAACGACGACGUUCGGAUCAUUGGCACGACGGCGCUGCUGGACUGUGGGUACGUUUGCGCGUCGAAGGCGGAAGUGCUGAAGGUGCUGGAGUUCCGGGUGGAUCCGGGAGUGAUCCUGCUGGAACGGGUGGGGAAGAAUGCGGAGCUGUUGAGGUUUGCGAGGAGGAAGGACGUUCGGGUGGUGUUUGAUUCCGAGGAGGAACUUCGGAUGAUUCAUCAGUACUUUCCGGAAGCAGAAGCUCUGAUCCGGUUUCGGUUGAGUCAAGACGUUCAGCCUGGUUGCCAAGCGGACGGUGAAGCUCGUGACCUGCUCAACCUCGCCAAAGAGCUCAACAUGGAUGUGAUAGGUUGGUGCUUCAACGCUGGGUCGUCCUGCUGCGAUCCAGCGAUCUUCUACACGGCCAUCAGCAAAGGACGCGAAAUUACGGACCACGCAACGAUCGUCGGAUUCAACUUUAAGUUUAUCAAUCUGGGCGUGGGAGUUUGUGGACAGAAGGACGUCCAGGGUCAACGAUACGCUUCGUACAUCAACCGUGCGCUGGAGGAUUACUUUCCCGAACGACGCGGAUGGACGAUCGCGGCGGAGGUUGGCAGUUUUCACAGCGCUGCGGCCGUGACGGCCAUUACGGCAAUUCGGGGGAAGCGGAUAUUCUGGAACCAGAGGCAUCCGUCCAGGAUUGAUCAGGUGUUUUAUUACGUCAGUGGACGGGUUGGAAGGACUUGUCACAGCUUGAUUCAUGCCAGUGAUCCUGCCUGUCCAAUUGUUUGGAAAGAUCGCGACGAGUGUGGUGUGAAAUGUCGGACAACUCUGUACGAGGCAGGGAGUGAUGAGUGCAUUUGCAAAGAUCUACAGCUGCCGGAAUUGAAUGAAAACGAUUUUAUGGUGUUUGAAAGUCAGGGAAACUUUGCACGACGGAUAUCGAAGGAUGCAGAAGAAGUUAUCAGUCCUAUAACGUUGGUUUAUAUUAGGAGGAGCAUGUGGGAAUUUUUGAAAUACCUGUCCGAGUCUAGAUUUCAACGGGAGCUAAUUCUGGGAUCACGAUUCCUAAAGAACGCAUGGAAAAUUGAAGAAUUGGAGCGUAGCUAACCCAAAAUUUGCACAUACUCAACAAACUCAUCAACAUUC